CCGCGCCGCCGGGGGGCGCUGCGCGGCGGGCGGUUGUGCAGACGCCUCUCUCGAAGGCGCGUUUUCCGGGUUGGCCUCGCGGCGCUCGGGGCCGGCCCAGGCUGCAGCCGCCGGCAGCGGGCCCGGGCGUCGGCACGCUCCGUGCGGGCCCCGCGCCCGCCGACCCCGGGCCGGGCCCGCCCCGCGCCGUGCGGCCCCGCUCCGGCCUGGCCUUGUUGCCGCCCGCCGCCGCCCUCCUGCGCGCCGCGCCCCGCCUCGCCGGCCUCCCGCGCCGGCCCCGCGCCCUCCUCCUCCUCCUGCGACCGCCGCCCGGCGCCGCCAUGCCCGGCCCGGCCGCCGGCAGCCGGGCGCGGGUGUACGCCGAGGUGAACAGCCUGAGGAGCCGCGAGUACUGGGACUACGAGGCGCACGUCCCGAGCUGGGGCAAUCAGGACGACUACCAGCUGGUUCGCAAGCUCGGGCGAGGCAAGUACAGUGAGGUUUUUGAGGCCAUCAACAUCACCAACAACGAGAGGGUCGUCGUGAAGAUCCUCAAGCCAGUGAAGAAAAAGAAGAUAAAGCGCGAGGUUAAGAUUCUGGAGAAUCUACGUGGUGGCACCAACAUCAUUAAUCUGGUUGACACUGUCAAGGAUCCAGUGUCAAAGACCCCUGCUCUGGUGUUUGAGUACAUCAAUAACACAGAUUUUAAGCAACUGUACCAGAUCCUGACAGACUAUGAUAUUCGGUUUUAUAUGUAUGAGCUGCUGAAGGCCCUGGAUUACUGUCACAGCAUGGGGAUCAUGCACAGGGACGUCAAACCCCACAACGUCAUGAUAGACCACCAACAGAAAAAGCUGCGGCUCAUAGACUGGGGUUUGGCCGAAUUCUACCACCCAGCUCAGGAAUACAAUGUCCGCGUGGCCUCUAGGUACUUCAAAGGACCAGAGCUGCUUGUGGACUACCAAAUGUAUGACUACAGCUUAGACAUGUGGAGUUUAGGUUGUAUGCUGGCAAGCAUGAUCUUCCGAAAGGAGCCUUUCUUCCACGGCCAGGACAAUUAUGACCAACUGGUUCGCAUUGCAAAGGUCCUGGGCACAGAUGAGCUGUAUGGGUAUCUCAAGAAGUACCACAUAGAACUGGACCCGCACUUCAAUGAUAUCCUGGGCCAGCAUUCCCGGAAGCGCUGGGAGAACUUCAUCCACAGUGAGAACAGACACCUGGUCAGUCCUGAAGUUCUAGACCUCCUGGACAAGCUCCUGAGAUAUGACCAUCAACAGAGGCUGACAGCCAAGGAGGCGAUGGAACACCCCUAUUUCUAUCCAGUGGCGAAGGAGCAGUCCCAGCCCAGCUCAGAAAACGCUGUGCUCUCCAGUGGCCUGACAACAGCACGAUGAAGUCUGGAAAACAACGGGUAAUUCAAGAUGUUUACAAAUAAAAGCAAAACCUUCGGUCACACAGUGAAGGGAAAAGAACCAAGGACCCCCCCCCUCCUUCCCCUCCCCUACAUACUUGGCAGAAAUCUAACCUGGUGCGGGGGGUCAUAAACCUCAGUUCCUAUCUGGUGGUUGUGGCUAAUGUAACUCUAACUCUGUGGUACCAAAGCUCUGGGCAGAUGGUCUUGCAAGAGCUAAACAUGUAGUGAUAUCCCCAGGGCUCAACACAACUGAUUCUGGUUCACAUCUCUGUGGAUCCUUCUCCUCCUUCUCAGUCCAGCCUUCCCCACCAUGCUGGUGGGGAUAAAUUGGUCUUUCCACCAUCAGCCCUUAGCAUGCCUCUUUCUCAACAUGCCUUUCUGACUUGUAGACUGGAUGAACCAAAUUCAGGCUGGGGGUCAGCAGGUACAACUCUUGUUUGGAGGUCCAAGUCCUACUGCUCACUCUGGGCUUGAAUUUGGCCCUUGAAUUCCAGUUUCAAUUGCGAAUACCGGGGCAGCUGGGGGGAGAUUCAACAAAAAACAGCCCCACAAACCCAGCAGCAUCUCAGGAUUGGUUUGGAGCAUUAAAAUGAAGGCACUGAUCCAAGUUGCUGGCGAGAGGUGAGAUUCCCCCUCCAAGUAUGUUUGACAAAGGCUUUCUUUAAGAAGAAACUCAAUAGACCUGCUUUGGAAACGAGAAUGUGAGGGCUGCCCUUGAGGCAGGAGAGGGGAAGGACUGUCCAGACUUUCCCACUGAGCUCAGGAAAGUCAGUGUUGCAAAAUUUCUUGUGCUAGGUGUGCAGCCACGUACCUCAUGACGUGGCUCCCAUGAGAAUUCGUGCCAGACGCAGACUUGUGCCAGAGCACAGCUCUGGAGCAGUUCAAUCCAGCACCGCAGGAUGGAGGAGUGAAGAGGAGGCCAGGGAGGAGAGCACAGGGAGGGGGGAAGGAUCAGCAAGCAGCAGCGUGGUCUGUUGGGGAGGGGCUUGUGCAGCUACUGAUCCAGGACUUGGGAUCCCACCUCGUGUUUUAACCAAGCCAGCCAUUUGUUGAAUUCUGGGGUGCCAAUCCUGUUGUAGGGGGUGGGGAGUUCAUCUUGUGGAUUCUUUCAUCAGAUCCCUCGAUGGCUUUAUAGCCCCACAGUUCACAGUUGCCUCCUCUACUUCUUCUGUGUGUGACUUCAUCAAGUGGUUCUGGUGACACUCAAACCUAGAAGCUGGAGAUAGUGUUUUCCCACCAGCACCUAAACACAGAAUUUCCUUCUGCAGCAUUGUCGAAAGAGUUGAUUUUUUUAUAAGGUUGCAAUGUUUCUAUUUGAAACAUCUGUUUACAUUCCAUAUUCCAAUAAAGUUCUAUUGGCAUCGAUAGCAGGUCAAUCCAUUUGUAUAAUUCACUGAAACCAAUAAAUAUCUAUACGUCUGAA